UCCCUGGGCUCGCGUGUUGGGGGAAUCGUCGUGGGAACCGGGCAUUCCGAGCCGUUGUAAGCCCCCCCAAGGGUUGUUUCCCACCGGCCAGGAUGGUGAUCGAGGUGGUGGUGCCGCUGGACAGCUCCGGCUUGGCUCGGUUGUUGAGGGACCCGCAGGAAAGCGGGCGCACGGUGGUGCUGGACUGCCGGCCGUUCCUGGCUUACUGCCAGGCUCACCUGCUGGACGCCCGGCCGGUGCACUGGAACGGGCUGCUGCGGCGGAGAUCGCGGGGCCGGAGCGGCGUCAGCUUGGAGUGGCUGGUGCCGGAUCGGGCUCUCCUGGCUCGGCUCCGGAAAGGCGAGCUGGCUCACCUGGUGGUGCUGGACGAAACCGGCGGCUCCGUCUCGGCUCUGCGGCCGGACAGCCUGGCCAGGCUGCUGCUCAACGCGCUGCUGCGGGAGGAGCGGGCCGGCACGUCGCACAUCUACCUGCUGGCAGGUGGCUUUGAACACUUCCAAGCCAACUUCCCAGAAUUGUGUGCGGUGGCACCACCUACGUUGGCGCCUUCCCCGGCCUUGAGAAGCCCUGAAGACAAUGGCACAGAAGUGGUGACACCCUUGUAUGACCAGGAUGGACCGGUGGAGAUCCUACCCUUCCUUUACUUGGGUAGCUGUUACCAUUCUUCCAACCGAGAAGUGCUGGAGUCACUGGGAAUCACAGCGGUCCUUAACGUCUCUUCCAGUUGUCCCAACUACUUUGAAGGACACUUCCUGUACAAGAGCAUUCCAGUAGAAGACAAUCACAUGGCCGAUAUCAGCAUAUGGUUCCAGGAAGCCAUAGAUUUCAUCGACUCCGUGAAGGCCAGCGGUGGGCAUGUGCUGGUACACUGCCAAGCGGGCAUUUCUCGCUCCGCCACCAUCUGCCUCGCCUACCUGAUCCAGAGCCGCCGGGUGCGGCUGGAGGAAGCCUUCGAUUUCGUCAAACAGCGCCGCGGGGUCAUCUCGCCCAAUUUCGGCUUCAUGGGACAGCUCCUGCAGUUCGAGACCGAGGUGCUGUGCCAUUAGCCCGCUGCUUCUCGUCGCUCUGCGGAGAAGGAGGAGGAGGAGGCCAAGAGGGGCUCCUUACGGACGACAGAUUUGGGAGUGGGUGGGGGCACUUCUGUUUACAUCCCAGAUGGGGAAAGAAGGGGGGAGCCAUGCCCUUCCCCCACCCCGCUCGGACUUCUCCUCCGCCGUGUGAAAUUGGCUUUUAUUGCAUGACUAUGAAAGGAAAAAAGCGAAUAAGCUGGAAACGAAGAGAAAUAAAUGUGAGACAAGAGGUUCAGCCCCAUUAGCAAGGAACUGCUCGGCUCCCCUCGGGCGAACCGUCCCCCAUCCGAAGAGAGCCAAAUGUUAUUUAUUUGUCCGUUGUCCGCGCGAAUCCCACUGACUGCUAGUUUUGGAUGCAUUGCAUAAAUCAACCAGAGUAACAGGUGAUCCUCGAUGUACAACCACCAUUGAGCCCGGCGUUGAGGGCGCCAAGUGAGAGACAUGGGAUGAGUGAGUUUUCCCCACCCCCCAUUUUACGACUUUUCUUGCCGCAUUUGUUAAACGAAUCACGGCAGUUGUUAAACUAGCAACCGGGUCAUGAAGCAAAUUCGGGUUUCCCUAUUGACUUUGCUGCUCAGAAGGUCCCCCAAAGAAAAUCAGAUGACACCCCACAUCCCCAAACCCCCCAGGGACACAGCCACCGUCAUAAAUGCGAGUCAGUUUUCAAGCCUCCGAACUGGGGAUCCUGCAACGUAAGGUCGUAAGCGUGAAAAACGGCCAGGCUUGCAAGUCACUUUUUCCCAGCGCUGUUCUAACGCCGAACCGUCACUAAAUGAACCGUCGUAAGUCAAGGACUACCUGUCCCUCCCUUUGCGUCCUCCAAAAUUGGACAGGGGGCCAUUUCUUUCUAGCCCAGGCGACUAAAUCCUUGGGUAUCUCCGGAGGACGUCAAGUUAUAGACGGAAAUCGGCGCAUUUUUUUUAUUAUUAUUAAAAAGUCAUAAUGUGUAUUAAAAUGACAGGCUUUUUUUAUUAAAAAAAAGAGGUCCAGAUUGCUAAUGGUCUUAUGGAUUGGAUAGUGGGAGCAGGUUCAGGUUGAUGGACAGCUGAGACCUUGCUAUGCUGUCGGUCAUCAGUUGCCUUGGGUAGACCAUUACGUUGAGUACAGUAAUAUGAACAUGUAAAUGUCCAAAGUGACAUUGAUAUGUUCUUUUUUGCCAUGACUUCAACGCUCGAAAGUUCAUUUGUGCUAAAGCUGGAAAAAGUUGACUUGUACUUUGGAGGAACAGCUUAGAAGCCCCCUAAGGUGGAGGUACCAGUAUUUGUAGCUCAGGGUUGAAUUCUGCUCCGUGCGCACAGCCGUUUUCUUGAAAACGUUUCAUUGCCAAAGUAGGUAGCGUCAUCAGAACAAGAAGGGAGUAGGGUGUGAAGACCAAACCCCAUUCUCCUCUAGCACUGAGGAUGUUACCUACUUUGGUAGUGAAACAUCUGCAAGAAAACCAGCAAACUGAGAGAGAGAUGUCUAAAUCAGGGGUCUCCAACCUUGGCAACUUGAAGACUUGUGGACUUCAACUCCCAGAAUUCCUCAGCCAGCUGAGGAAUUCUGGGAGUUGAAGCCCACAAGUCUUCAAGAUGCCAAGGUUGGAGACCCCUGGUCCAAAUGUCCAUUGUCAUCUAACUGAGGGACAACAUUAUAUUCCCUUCUCUGCUAAACAUCUCAGUGUCUUGGUCAGCUGUACCCACUUUGCAUUUCUUGACCAUUUUUGGCAUGAAAAAACAUCGAGAAAUCCCACUGGAGCCCCCGAAGAUUGAAGUGGCCUGAACGACAGAUGAGUUUGCUCUUUAGAAAGCCCAUAGCUAGGUAGGCGUCGGCCUCCGAGCAUCUUCGGUUGGCUGAAGGAUGCCAAGCCGUAAAUCCUGGCUUGCAAAUCACCCUAGUUGAGUUCACACAACAACAUGCUUGGGGCACACCGAUAUCCCAUUAGUGGAGGGCUCUCCAAACGUCGCCGUCCCCUUUAAGACUCGUGGACUUCAAGUCCCAGAAUUCCCCAGCUAGCUAGCCAUGCUGGCUAAGGAAUUCUGGGAAUUGUAGUCCACGAGUCUUAAAGUGGACCACGUUCGGAGACCCCUGCGUUAUUAAUGCCUUGUGUGAAACACACACUAGUGUUUCCCAUCCAGAUAGCCUAAUCUGGCACCUUUGGGUCAGGCAAACCAACAAUCGACAAUGGAAAUGUGUUGUGUGGACACAAUUGUCCAACUGGGAUGAAGGUCGACCUCCCCAUCUGUGAAGUGAAAUGGGACAAUUCGGGGCCCUCUUUCUCUUUGAGCACAAUCGUCGGGGGCGGGGAAGAGGCGGGUCUGGAGCAGUGGUGGAUUGGGCCCCAAACUUCUCCCUUCCACUCUCUCACUCUCCCAAAAAGCAAUACUCACUUGUUCCUACCAUGCGUGUGCUGUUAGGAGAACCUCUUUCUUGAAGGACAUUGAUUUCAAAAUGUCUUCUGCACUUUAUAUUUAUUAUCACCUGUUGCAAUAAACAACCACUUUUUAUAUGGCA